GCAGGCUGUCACAGAGCAGGUGCAUGAUCUGAAGCUCUCACAGCUCUUAGGUUAGCCAUUUUUGGAAGUCCGUAUCUACAAACAGCGAUUUGCCUUUGUGAGACUUUAGAAAUAGCUUUACGUCUCCUCUUUUUCAGUCAUUUUUUGCCUCCACCUCUCUCUCUCUCACUUCAUCACCCCUUUUCCUGGCAUUAAGUCCAGACCUGACACUGACACUGACUCUGUGUGUCAUCCCUCUCUCUCUCUUUCCCUCUCUCCCUCAUUGCUUCAAGGACCAGAGUGCCUGCAGAUGCAUUUCUCUGUAGCCCACUACCCCUCCCUCGCCUCCUCUCUUUCGCCCUGUCUAACUCUCUCCAUCUUUCUCUCCCUUUCCUCUCCUCCCAUGCUCUCUUUCUCUCUCUCUCUCGAACACAGUCUAACAUUAACAAAGCGAGAGAGCAGAGAGAAGAAGAGAGGGAUGAACAGAAAGUGAUAGAGACACUGGGCAAGUGUGGACCACUUUUACAAUUCAUUCAUCUACCAGGGUUGGAGUGGUCUGGAUGAAAGAAGGAGAGGGUCAGUGUUUUCUCACAGGUGACAUUUUAUGUAUGAGAAUCUGACUAUGCUGAACUUACAAAACAGCUCCAACUGGACUGGCCCAAACAACUGGUACCACCCGGCCGACACCAUCACCCCUCAACACGGAACAAAUGGUUGCGUGGAAGAUCUGAAUGUGCAGAUGGCCGGAUCAGGGGAAGGAGUGGUGCAGGGAGAGAGGGAUGAGGUGGACGAGUCACAGCUACACCUGCAGCUAAAGAGAAAGCUGCAGAGGAACCGCACCAGCUUCACACAGGAGCAGAUCGAUGCCCUGGAGAAAGAGUUUGAGCGGACUCAUUACCCAGAUGUCUUUGCUAGAGAGAGACUGGCAGCAAAGAUUGAUCUUCCAGAGGCUAGAAUUCAGGUAUGGUUCUCCAAUCGGAGAGCUAAGUGGAGAAGGGAGGAAAAGCUGAGAAACCAGAGGAGGUCAGGGGGCACCAGUUCCUGUUCUCAGACACAUACUCCCCUAAGCACAUCCUUUAACUCCCCUGUAUAUCACUCCAAUCAUAGCAACAGCUCAGGAUCAAUGCACAGUCGGGGUGAUUCGUCUCUCUCAGCCUAUAGCUCUCUGUCUGUCUUCUCCAGUAUGCAGUCUUUGCCCUCCCAGUCCACUCCAACUUAUUCCUGCAUGUUACCUCCUUCUCCUUCGGCCCUUCCCCCUCUUUCUCGUAAAUUUGACACCUCAUCCUAUACCUCUCCCCACCUCCCGCCCCCACCGACGGUGAGCACAAACACAGGAUUCUUUGCUGGUGUUUCCGCAGCAGGGCAGACUGCAGUUCAAGGUGGCGAUCAGGAGCUGGGACAAGGUCUGAGUCAGUACUGGACGAGACUGCAGUAAACAACACACCUUAUCAAUAUCAGAUAAAACCAGCAGAGCUUCAAUCAGCAACUUUGAGCAAAGUAUUUAACAAAAAAUGCAUCAGGAAAACCUACUUAUUUAGAUGAUUUACACAUCAGGGAAGCAGACUAUGUAAGCCAUAAUCCUGUAUAUAAAAAAGAUGUGGACAUCACAAACCUGCACAUGCGGAAGAGAAAAUGGACUCCAGCAUUUUUGACCUGCACCUUUAUAGGCCUAGUCAGCAGAACAAUGGCAGACAAUAGCACAAUAUCAUUCUCAGAUAUUGGUGACAAAACAGUGCACAUCUAAAAAUGCCUCAUGUUUAUGCAACAAAAAAAAUAUUUUUUAAUUGAUGUGCCAAUUACAAUCAUUAUGACAAACAGCAUGUGACCAAAAUGAGGAUGUUUUAAAACUGCAUUUGUAGUUAUACACAACUGUUCAAAAGUUUGGUGUUGGCAAGAUUUUUUUAUAUUUUUGAAAAGGCUGCAUUUAUUUG